GACAAAAAUAACCAUACUACCAAAAGCUAGAAGUAUAUACCGACACGGCUUGUACCGCGGUUGAUUGCCUGACAUCAUUGCAACGAUACAAUUGAAUUUCUAAUCCGGUGGAGCUCUAUCUCUCCUAUAUCUCUCACCGUCCUCCCAGCGCAUAUUGACAAUCCAUUCUCAUCCUUAAAUCUGCUAUACUGAAUAACGAGACCAUGCCGUUCCCCGACAUCGAAAACAAAGCCGCCACGGGCAUUUCCUACUACACGCCCGCUCAAAUCCCCCCCGCAGGCUCAGCAGCAAUCCCCCAGUCCGAUGGCUCUGGUCCCCCGAAGCUGUUCCAGCCUCUGUCGCUAAGGGGUGUUACCUUCCACAAUCGCAUCGGACUUUCCCCGCUUUGUCAAUACUCCGGUGAUGAUGGACAUAUGACCGAUUGGCACAUGGCUCACCUGGGUGGUAUUGCCCAGCGUGGCCCCGGCUUCCUCAUGGUCGAGGCCACCGCCGUUCAACCCGAAGGCCGUAUCACUCCCGAAGACCUUGGUCUCUGGAAAGACUCCCAGAUCGAGCCUCUUCGCCGCAUCGUCGAAUUCGUGCACAGUCAGAACCAGAUCAUCGGUGUGCAGAUUGCGCACGCCGGCCGUAAAGCCAGCACCGUUGCCCCUUGGCUCUCGUUUGACGAUGCCGCAUCGGAGAAAGUUGGUGGCUGGCCCAACAACGUCAAGGGCCCUGGCAGCGAGCCCUUCACAGACAACUGCCCGGUUCCGCACCAGAUGACCAAGGAGGACAUCGAGGCCUUCAAGGGUGCGUGGGUGGCCGCCGUCAAGCGUGCUGUGCGCGCUGGCGUGGACUUCGUCGAGAUCCACAAUGCUCACGGCUACCUGCUCAUGUCCUUCCUUUCACCCUCCGUGAAUAAGCGCACCGAUGAGUACGGAGGCAGUUUCGAAAACCGCAUUCGCCUGACCUUGGAAAUCGCGAAGCUCACCCGCGAAUCCGUCCCGCAGGACAUGCCCGUCUUCCUGCGCGUCUCUGCCACCGACUGGCUCGAGGAAUCCCGCCCCAACGACCCCAGCUGGCGUGUUGAGGAUACCGUCAAGCUCGCGGAGGCCCUCGCGGACAGCGGUGACAUUGACCUGAUCGACGUCAGCUCCGGUGGUGUCCACAAGGACCAGCACAUUCACGCCACUCCUGCAUUCCAAGCCCCGUUCGCGGUUGCUGUAAAGAAGGCUGUUGGUAACAAGAUUGCCGUUGGAUCUGUUGGUAUGAUCAACUCCGCGCAGCUGGCUAACUUUCUUCUUGAGACGGACGGGUUGGACUUUGUCCUUAUCGGGCGUGCCUUCCAAAAGAACCCCGGGUUGGCUUGGGCUUGGGCGGAGGAAUUGGAUGUCGAGAUUUCCAUGUCGAACCAGAUCCGGUGGGGAUUCAGUACUCGUGGGGGUGGUCCGUUCUUGAAGUCAAAGAAGGGCCAGCAGUAGACGUUGCACAUAUAGACAUAGACGUACGUGACUAAACGGAAUGCAUAAAUCAUUUUACAUUCCGAGUUUCUAUUCAAAUACCUGUCGUGCAGAAGGUUGUCGCUUGCCAGACGGCAAGUGAGGCUGAACAGAGCACCGCAUACUCUACAUUAGUGCGAAUUGAUUCAAGCGCCCAAGGGAACUUGUCGCUCCAACGCUUGAAUGGAUUCAUCAAUAGUGUUUCGUGAUGUCCGACCCGAAGGAGUACACGGU